AUGCGCUUUCUUUCCGUAUCCAUCGUCCUUUCGGCCGGGGUGUCCCUGGCCGCCGAUAUCCCUGAAUCAGCCCGCUGUGUAAUUUCAGUUGCAGAGGCUUUGUCUCAUAUAAGAUUCGCCGGCUCCCUCAAUUCUACAUACACUGGUUAUAUUUGCACAAAUAGGCUCCAUACCUAUUCUCUUUACGCCGCUAUAAAGCUAUACUGCUCUCUCUCGAAUAUUGAGCCCGGUUUGCACGUGUUGGAUGGUGAUUGCGAAAAGGAAGGCUUUAAAAGAAUACCCUAUAAAGAUGUGGAACCGCAGCUUUCUGAUGAGUAUCUUGCUUCGUUGAGAGUGGUGGAGUUUGGAGAAGUGGCUAAGAGGAUACGAUUACCGGAACCGGUUCUUAUUUCAGGGAAUUACUUUUGGAGGGCAUUUAGGACUAAUAGAGCAUGGGCUUUCGAGACUUGGGCACACCAUGCAUUCGGGAACGCUUCCUACUGGUUUUGGGGUGUCGUUCUACUAUGUGGUGUUAUUAAUCGUCUAUAUGAAUAUUUCUUGGCUGGUAGAUUACUCCGUUGGAGAUACGAUCAAGAAGGGCAUUAUUCGCUCGCGAGAUCCGCGCCGCGACGUUUCGCUUCGGCUUUUCUCACCACUCGCCAUUGGAUCAGAGCUUAUUUAAUCCUUCCACCUGCAAUUGGCGAUUAUCAUCAACGGCUUUUGUACUGGUGUGCAGUUCCUACCCGCAUCGAGGCCAUCGUGAUCGUCCUCUAUUAUCUUCUCAGCCUAGCCCUCACUAUUGUUGGGUACGACGUCUUCAAAGGAAAUCUUUACUGGGAUGAUAUUUCUACCCAGGCAUGGCGCUACCUCUCUGAUAGAGCAGGCAUAAUGUCAUAUGCGAAUCUAGUGCUUUUAUGGCUCUUUGCAGGAAGAAAUAAUCCUUUCCUCUGGGCUACAGGUUGGAACUUCGGAACUUUCAACCUUUUUCACCGCGCUGUUGCCAGAGUCGCCACAAUACAAGCGAUCAUUCAUUCCGUGGGCUAUACCGUGUUGACUCUAAGGGUGCAUUCGUAUCUCUCAUAUUGGCCGUCGGCGUGGUGGUACAUGGGAGCAGUGGGUACUAUCGGAAUGGGGCUCCUCCUUGGAUUUUCGUCUAUCUGGCUCCGACGUAAUUAUUAUGAGGUCUUCCUGCUUAUUCAUAUAGCCCUUUCAGCGGUAAUCUUAGUUGGCUUAUUCAUCCAUACGAGCAUCUUUACAGGAGGAUAUGACAAAUAUCUCUGGCCGGUGGUGAUUGUCUGGCUAUUAGAAAGGGCCGCCCGCCUCGUCAAGCUGGUACACUGCAAUAUUUACCUCCGCCGCAAUGGCAAGAAGCCGUUGAUUUCGAAAGGCACAGCGUACUACGAUAGGUCAUCUAACCUCAUCCGACUUCGAAUCGUCCCAGGCUUGGGAACACUGGUUCCUCGGCCGGGGCAGUUUUACUAUAUUUAUCAGCCGCUGAAAUUGAGAGGUUAUGAAAGCCAUCCAUUCACUGUUGGCAGUUGGUCCCAACACAUAGAAGGGGAACCUUAUCACUUUAGGCCUGUCUCUCCUGGGAGGCACAAGAUCGAAAUGCCAAUCAGUCACUCUCUCACGUUCUGGAUUCGACCUUUUAACGGCUGGACGCGGAGGUUACAGUCGGAAUGCAUCUCGCAAGGCUGUGCAGUUCAGUCCACGUUCCUUCUUGAAGGCCCGUAUGGCGUCUCAAUUCCGCUACACAAAUACGAAAAUGUUAUCCUGAUUGCCGGAGGAGCUGGAUUUGCGGGUGUAUGGCCACAUAUCGAGGAGCACUUGAGACGUUCAUGCGGGCCCGUUUUACAGCUAACGGAAGAUACCCCUCAUUCUAAAGGCUUGCCUAUUCCGGCCACCCGAACAAGAAAUAUGACGUUGAUUAUGGCCUCAAAGCAACGGGAACUCUACAAUGAGCUCCUCGACGGGGAGAAGCUGCGUUUGCUUAGCCAAAUGGGCAUUAGGACAGAAUUCUAUUCCACGUCGUAUUCCACAUGUUCAUCGCCGUCGGCCGAAGAAGCGCUUGACGAAACUAGCCAGCUACUUUCUCGAGACACAGAUCCAAUCCAUGGCCACCGCGCUUUAACGUCGAUACCAAUUAAGCAUGGUCGUCCGAAUAUCACAAAGAUAAUCAACCAUUCAUUGUAUGACGCUUACGGAGACGAGGAGCCUGUAUCCAAUAGCGGCCUGCAAACGGCAGUGUUAGUGUGUGGUCCAGCGGCGAUGGCAGAUGAUACGAGAGCCGCAGUACGUGAUUUACUUAAAAAAGGGUACAAAGGAAUUGAUUAUUUUGAAGAGGCUUUCAAUUGGUGAAAGAAUGGAUGGGCUUCAGUGUGCAUGCUUCAAACAAACAAGACCAUUACUCUCACCCUUUUUAGGAGGCAACUUGCCCCUUACUAAAGAAAUACUUAGAGCGAGCUACCCAAAGUUAAUGUUAGUUUUUCUGUGAAAUAGCUCGUACAAAGGAGGAGAGACAUCUCUGCCGAGGACAAUAGAGCACUUUUUGCUAUCCUCACCUUUAAAAAAAGAUCCAAAAAA